UUGUCAUCAUGUGUCACAUCCAACAUGGAAAGAUGAACAUGAGACGUCAGCUCAUCAUCCUUAACCAAACAAGCUGUGCAAUAAAAAAGAUUCAAACUUAGCUUCUCAAUCACCACAUUCUAUCCAUCAAUCAAUCAAUAAAUUAUGCAGAGACUCAUUUCACUUCGUUCAAAGUCCAAUUCUCUUAAAUCUUUGUUCAAUCCAUUGAAAUCACCUCAAAAACACUCAAUUUCUGCAGAUUGGUCUUCUUGUUUCCAUCAAAGCUGGAGUCUUAUAGCCUCAAAAGGAUGCUUCAGCCGGGUUUUUUCAUAUGGGCUUUGGCCAAGUUGUGCUAAAAUGAGGAAUUUUGAUAAAAAUCAAGGUUUUGUUAGGAGGUUUAGUAAUGAAGCUCAAAGGGAGUCUAUAGAGUAUGAUGUUGUGAUUGUUGGUGCUGGACCGGCUGGAUUAUCAGCUGCAAUAAGAUUGAAGCAGUUGUGUAGUGAAAAGGGUGUGGAUUUAUCGGUUUGUGUUGUUGAGAAAGGCCCGGAAGUAGGUGCUCAUAUCUUAUCCGGCAAUGUGUUUGAGCCCCGAGCACUGGAUGAACUUCUACCGCAUUGGAAAGAGGAAGAGGCACCAAUCAAUGUCCCUGUAUCUUCUGACAAGUUUUGGUUUCUUACGAAAGAUCGUGCCUUUUCUCUUCCAUGUCCUUUUGAUAACAAGGGGAACUAUGUUAUAAGUUUAAGUCAAUUAGUGCGUUGGAUGGGGAUAAAAGCUGAAGAAUUUGGAGUUGAGAUAUAUCCUGGCUUUGCAGCAAGUGAGAUCUUAUAUGAUGCAAAUGACAGUGUUGUUGGCAUUGGAACUAACGAUAUGGGAAUUGCCAAAGAUGGUUCUAAGAAGGAUACUUUUCAACGUGGUGUAGAGCUGAAAGGUCGCGUAACGCUUCUAGCUGAAGGUUGUAGAGGAUCUUUAUCAGAGAAACUAAUUAAAAAAUACAAAUUGAGAGAGAAGGGGCAUGCUCAACAUCAGACUUAUGCUUUAGGAAUUAAAGAGGUUUGGGAAAUUGAUGAGAGUAAGCAUAAACCUGGUGCUGUUCUUCACACGAUAGGAUGGCCUUUGGAUCAGAAAACAUAUGGGGGGUCAUUUUUGUACCAUAUGAAAGAUAGGCAGGUUUCAAUCGGUUUGGUGGUUGCUUUGAAUUAUCACAAUCCUUACUUGAACCCUUAUGAGGAAUUCCAGAAAUUUAAGCAUCAUCCUGCCAUCAGACCCCUUCUGGAAGGGGGAACUGUAAUCCAAUAUGGGGCUCGCACUUUAAAUGAAGGUGGUAUUCAGUCCAUUCCGUAUCCAGUUUUCCCUGGAGGAGCAAUUAUUGGAUGUUCAGCUGGUUUCUUAAAUGUACCAAAAAUAAAGGGAACGCACACUGCAAUGAAAUCAGGAAUGCUAGCAGCAGAAGCAGCAUUUGGUUCUCUUAGGGAAGGCACAAGCUUGAAAUCAUAUUGGGAAACUUUAGGGAGUUCUUGGAUAUGGGAUGAACUCCACCGGGCUCGAAACUAUCGACCCGCUUUUGAAUAUGGGGUUAUUCCUGGAAUGGUCAUUAGUGCAUUAGAACGCUACAUACUAAAAGGAAGGUCCCCAUUCACGCUGAAACAUGGGAAACCUGAUCAUGAGGCAACAAAUGCUGCACGGUUACACUCUCCAAUUGAAUAUCCAAAGCCUGAUGGAGUUUUUUCUUUUGAUGUGCCAACCUCCCUCCACAGGAGCAACACUAAUCAUGACCACGAUCAGCCUGCUCAUCUUCGUUUGAAGGACCCCAAGAUUCCUGAGACUCUGAAUUUGCCAGAAUAUGCUGGACCAGAGUCACGAUAUUGUCCUGCUCGUGUAUAUGAGUAUGUCUCCGAUGAGAACAGUCAGCUGAAGUUACAGAUCAAUGCCCAGAAUUGCCUGCAUUGCAAGGCAUGUGAUAUCAAAGACCCAAAGCAAAACAUUGAAUGGACAGUGCCAGAAGGGGGAGGUGGCCCAGGCUACUCAGUCAUGUAGAUUUACUUGACCUUCAUUGAAAAAAGACUUUUCAUGUAUAAGUUUUCAGAAACAAAGCAACCCUAAAAUAAAGAGUAUUUUCCUGUAAAUACCUCACAGGAAACAAGCAAAGCUUGAAUCUCAUGAUGCUGAUAUAUUUAUUUGAUAGCUUGCAUAGUUGACACAGAAAA